GAUGCCUCGCAGAAAGAAGGAGUGUGGUGUCGAGGGUGGUAGAGUUCGUGAGAAGCCGGUUCAACGCAACGCAGCCAACGCCAGAGAAAGAGCCCGUAUGAGGAUUCUAUCCAGAGCGUUCUCGCGAUUAAAGACAACGCUUCCCUGGGUUCCUGCAGACACGAAACUUUCCAAGCUUGACACCCUUCGUCUUGCCACCUCCUAUAUCGGACACUUGCGGGCGCUGCUGCAGGAAGACGGCGAAGUCAGAACACAAGCGCACCCACUCACUCUGACUUGGCCGUUUAGUUUCCAGAGAGCAACGGAGAGUUCUGGAUCCUCGACCGAACACUGUGACUCCUAUAACCACUUACAACCCACGUCCACCUCUCACAACCACACCCAACCCCAGGUGGAGAGAUAUUUUAGUGACGAUUUGCCCGAUUACGAUUAUUACCCGUCAGACCUUCUUCACAUAGCUUGACACUUAUAUCAGUCAAGACGAUAUAAAUCUGUCAAGAGCAUUCCUGUCACGGCCACACUGUUAUCAAGGUUGCACCUGUCAAGACUGCACAUGUCAGGAUUACAAAAGAGAUUAGGAUUAUAUGUGUCAAGACUACACCGUCUGUCAAGACUACAAAACUUCUCAUCAUCACACCUGUCAAGAGCGGACACCAAUCUAAACAACACAUAGCACAUCCGGGAACCUGUCAAAGCCACACAAUCAAUCAAGACCAUACCUGUCACCACUAUCAGUUUACUCACCCUGUCAACACCAUACUUGUCAAGAAAGCUCCCAGGAUGACUACAUCUCUCAGUUGUCACGACUAAAUGUCAUGACUACACAACCAGUCAAGACCACAUUUUUCAAGACCACUCAACCUCCCACACAAGCUCUCAAAACUAAACCUGUCUAGACCACACAUUGUCAAGAUUACACUUCUUGGCAUGCUCGUAAUACCUAUCAAGCUCACACAACUUGUCAAGACCAUACAAACUGUCAAAAUCCCAUUACUGUAAAUUCCACAUACCUGUCAAGGUUAAGCAUUAUAUAGGCUAUGAUUUUUUUAGCUGCACAUCAGUCAACGCUACUGACAAUGUUAAACCUGUCAAAUAACACCAAAAAGCUAAUCAGUCUUUCAAUACAUCACCUGUCAUGACUAUUCAUGUUAAGACCACUUCUAACAUAUAUGUCAAAGCCACUCACUUCUUAAGGUCUUACACUAGUCAGUACCACAUCUGCAAGGGCCUCACAUGUCAAGACCACACGCUUGUCAAGAUCCGAAAAUAUGUCACGAAGACCUCUUGGGACCAUACAAUAUAGUAAUAUAGCCAUUCAAACCGCAUAGUAUGUUAGGAUUACCUACAUCUUGUCAAGAUAUCGGAAGCUGUCAAGACCACACGCCUGUCAAUACUGACAUCUUGUCAUCGUAACCACUCAAGACAACCCAGCAUUUCAAGACCACACACUCUUGUCAAGAUAACGCUACUUAUCGAAACCACACUUAUGUCCACCAUACACCCUCUCAAGGACCAAUACCUGUCAAGAUAACUUAUCUGUUAAUUCUACACGCUAACGUGCUAAUGUUGCAAGCUGUCAAGAUCACAACUCUUAUGACCACACAGCUUGUCAAGGUCACAAAACCUGUCAAACCCACACAAUGUGAAGACCUCACGAUCUCAGAGCUCUACAAAUCUGCCAGGCUCAUAAAGACCAUCAAGACCACAAACACAUGUCAAAAUCACUCACACAUAUGUAAAGAUUACUCAGCCUUUCAAGGAUACACCUGCCAAGACCACACAACCCAGCAGUCAUGUCGACGUGAUCCAGAUCUUCAAAAAAAAAUAAUUACCAGGUAAAGAUCCUGUUUUACCUGCAUGGUAAAUAUCUGUUGUUGAAACUCAUCACAAAUAUAUCAUGUGGCAGGUCAAACCGUUCGGCUCACGAACGUAAAGUACCGAGUCCCAUCCCCGUACCGGCGGAACGUAUGAACACGUAUUCAUUACACAUGUUGCUAUAUCUGCCCACCUAGCAAUGAGAAUAUGUGUAUGUGUUAGCCUCAACUGUUGCAUCGCAUCCAGGAGAAAAAUGAUAUGUAAGUGGGCAGGAAAAUCUAGUUUUCAAGUGUUUGGCCAAAUGUACCCGUGCAAUGUACCCGUGCAAUGUACCCGUGCAAUGUACCCGUGCAAUGUACCCGUGCAAUGUACCCGUGCAAUGUACCCGUGCAAUGUACCCGUGCAAAGUACCCGUGCAAUGUACCCGUGCAAUGUACCCGUGCAAUGCUCAAGACAAAAAAAUUACUACGUGUAUGUGA